UGCUGCUUGACGCUGCCGCCGCCGCCGCCGCCGGCUCUUGACCCCUGGCCGGGUUUAGAGUCGAGGGAGCUGCUGGUGGUUCGGAGGUUGGGAUGAGGCGGCCAAGGGAAGAAGGAGGAGGACCCGGAGGGGGCGGCCCCGGAGCCUCCGCAGGCGGCCAGCAGCUCAGCGGACUCUUGUAAGAAUGGCAGCAUUAUUCCCUUCACUACGACGUUAUUUCCGGAUAGUGUGGUUAUAAUACUGGAAAAGAAGACUGAUGACUUAAGCAAGUACUAUGACAGAUUACUCGCCCAUGUAACAGCAACAUUCUCAAAAGUCCCUGUUUGAAAAAGAAGCAUUUUUAGCAUUUUAAAGGAUUUGGCUAACCUGUUUUUACAAAAUGAAUCGCUACACAACCAUGAAGCAACUUGGGGAUGGAACAUAUGGCAGUGUACUGAUGGGGAAGAGCAAUGAAUCAGGGGAGCUUGUGGCCAUCAAAAGAAUGAAAAGAAAGUUCUACUCUUGGGAUGAAUGUAUGAAUCUUAGAGAAGUCAAGUCUCUGAAAAAACUUAAUCAUGCCAAUGUAAUAAAGCUGAAAGAAGUUAUUCGAGAAAAUGACCAUCUUUAUUUUGUGUUUGAAUAUAUGAAGGAAAAUCUCUAUCAGCUAAUGAAAGACAGAAAUAAGUUGUUCCCUGAGUCUGUCAUCAGGAACAUUAUGUACCAGAUAUUACAAGGGUUAGCUUUCAUCCAUAAACACGGAUUUUUCCACCGGGAUAUGAAACCUGAAAACCUUCUCUGUAUGGGUCCUGAACUUGUUAAAAUAGCUGACUUUGGGCUGGCUAGAGAACUUAGAUCUCAGCCUCCAUAUACUGAUUAUGUUUCCACCAGGUGGUACCGUGCACCUGAGGUUUUACUGCGAUCCUCUGUUUAUAGUUCUCCUAUCGACAUAUGGGCUGUUGGCAGCAUAAUGGCUGAACUAUACACAUUAAGACCACUUUUUCCAGGAACAAGUGAAGUUGAUGAAAUCUUCAAAAUUUGCCAGGUGUUGGGCACUCCAAAGAAGAAUGAUUGGCCAGAAGGAUACCAACUUGCCACUGCAAUGAAUUUUCGCUUCCCUCAAUGUGUCUCCCUAAACUUAAAGACUCUCAUUCCAAAUGCCAGUAAUGAGGCAAUACAGCUUAUGUGUGAAAUGCUGAACUGGGAUCCAAAGAAACGGCCUACAGCAAGUCAGGCAUUGAAGUAUCCUUACUUUCAAGUGGGCCAAGUUUUAGGACCGCCUCCACAAUAUUUGGAUCAGAAACAGUCUCAUCCCAAAUCAAUUCAAGCAGCAGAUCCAAAGCCGUCUCUAUCCAAGCUGGACCCUGUAUCAAAAUUAGAACCCGUAUCUAAGCCAGAAUCUCAGUCUUCACCAGAAGCACUUGAUAAGUUUCAGCUGCAGUGUGUAUCAAAGAAUAGCCAGCAGCCCCUCCAGGCAAUUCAGUUGCCACAGAAUGCAACCAAUCAUCAACCAUCAAAGCAGCAGCAUUCCUUCCUUCCAGCCAUCAAUAAAAAUUCAACACCAAAGCAGAUAGCCAUAGGACCGUCAAAUGGUGCAGUAGGCCUAAAAAAUUGUCGGCGCCGAUGGGGGCAGACUAUGUUACAGGCGAUGGAUAGCUGGGACAAUUUGGAUGACUCCGAAUUUGGGAUUUCGUAUUCUAAGAAGCCUAGCAUCACCAUGUUAAGUGAAAAGAAAACAAAGGAAUCUCUUUUUAGUGUUCCUGGGUGUAUGUCCCCCAGAUCUGGCCAAUCAGGAGAAAACAAAGUUCUGAAGAGAAAUGACUCUGGAAUAUCCACAACUUCAGCAAAACAGUACUACUUAAAACAGUCAAGAUACCUACCUGGUGUAAACCCUAAGAAUGUCUCCUCAGGAGCAGCCAGUAAAGAAGGAUCUCACGGUAACUGGAAUAAUUCCAUGUUUUCAAAACCGAUGGCACCAAUUGCAGGACUGUCUUUCAGCAGAGUCAGUGCAGAAGAAAACUUAAUUAAACCAAUUGAAAAACUGUCAUGCAAAGAAAGAGUGAAUGAAAAAUUAGAGGACCCAAAAGGAAAUCCUGGCUUUGUAGGAGCUGCUUACAAUACCACUGGAUAUAUUCCUUCCUUUCACAAAAAGGAGGUUGGUUCAGCUGGUCAAAGGAUACAACUAGCACCUCUUGGUCCAUCAGCAACUGAAUAUGCAGAAUAUGCUUGGAAAACGAAAGCUGCUCGUUCUCAGUUACCAGGGCCGACAUACAACCCAGCAGCAAAAGGCAUGAACAUUUUAACUCGCCCACCUCCAGUGCAACCCAUCCAUGGAAGGACUGACUGGGUGGCCAAGUAUGGCGGGCAUCGAUAGGAGGGCUUGCUCCCACUAUGUAUGCUUUACUGUGACGGUUAUACACUUCCCUUCAUUUACUUCCGGGACGCUUUAAAGCACGUUUCUACUAAUAGAAUAUCAAUUCUGGAAAGAACCGAGAGCCUGUAUUUUAUUACCUCUAGGGGAAAACCAAUAAUAAAUACAUUUUACUUAGAAAGCAUUCUUCAAAAUAGUGUCUCUAAGGUAGGGUUGUUGUUUGUUUUUUAAUUUUGUUUACAUUACAAAGUAUUCUAUAAAGUAUAUUGCCAAAACGAAUGAGUAUUUCAACUCUUUCUAGGUAAGUUUUUAUUUGAUCCCUUUGAUGUUUCCUUUUAAAAAUGUUUUUAAAUGACAUAAAAAAGCAAAUGCACAUGUUUGCCAUUGAGCAACUGUGAGUCCUUUCUAUGCGCAGAAGAGCAGAUGUGCAAAAUGUAGGGUAAAGGGCGACUUUCAAACAGAUGUUGCUUCCAGAACAUUUACAGAUGAAAUCAGAUUUGAA